AUGAUGGAAGAAGAGCGCACAGUGAGGAAUCUCGUCCUCUCCAUUUGCGAGUUUCGGCUCCAAGUUGCUCCGCCGUCCCCACAGCCUGCGAAGCAAACGGCGGGGCGCGUCCCCGGCGGAAGAGUCGGCAGUCAGCUGUUGCUAGUUGGCGCUGUGGGGCCGAACGAGCGAGGCGGCGCCACGCAGCUCUUGAUGCACGGAGGCGCCGACGAGACGCAGUGCUACGAUGAUUUGCAUGCGAUCGAGCUAGAACGCGGCCUCUGGCGCGAACUGAGUGUCGGCGGCUUCUCUAAGCCAAGUGGGGUGUACGGACACUCGAUGCGAGCUUGGAAUGACAAGAUCGUGCUCUUCGGAGGCCUAGCAGCCCAGACAGCACAAGACCUUGCAGAGGCCGGACAGCCUCAAACGUUUCCCUCUCCCUCCUUCAUGGGUCCCCAGAGCACACAGUGGCUGCACAAUCCUCAGCCGAGCAACAGCCUUUUUCUUCUCCAGGUUGACGGCCUGUUUUGGACGCAGCCCGAAGUCGAGGGCGAAGGCCCCACCCCUCGAGCCUUUCACGGCGCCACCAUCUGCAAAGACUUCCUUGUCGUCUUUGGCGGCGCGACCGACGCGCGACUGCAGGAGGUGGGUGAACGUAUUUCCUGGGACGUUUGGGUUGCGACGGUUGGUCUCUCGAAAGACGGGCGCACUGUUACGGUCGUGCUGACGUCUCCGCUGCAGCCUUGCAACGAUCUUCACCUUCUUGACUUGAACCGCAAUACGUGGUACUCGCCGGCUGUCUCUCUCUCUCCGCCCGCGAAGAAGAGGAGAGCUGGAGAAGGCGUCGAGCAAGAGCCUCCUCCAGAGCUCGGCUCUCCACAGGCCUCUUCCGGGGCAGGAGCUGGAGACGAAACCGACGCGCGUCCCCUCAUCAAAGUGUCCGGCGUCGCGCCCUCCCCGCGCAUUGGCCACGCCAUGAUCACUGUCAAGCAGACAGAAAAAAUUCUUCUAUUUGGAGGUGCGGCAGAUGACAACAACUUGUACUGCCUGGACUUCCAGGUGUAUCGACGGCCGAAGCCCGGGGUCUGUGCCAGCAGGCGCUCCGUGGCGGCGGACGGAGAAGACGACGAGAUCGCGGAAAUGUCUCUUUCCUGGUCGCGCAUUGAGACUCACCGUACGGGUCCCGUGAGUCGCGGGUUCUUCACAUUUGCUCAAGUUGGUCCUGGGCGUCUGUUUGUAUUCGGCGGCCAGCCGCUAACUGGAGCGUCGCCCGAUGCCAGCAGCCCCGCGGAUCUGUACGUUCUCAAUCUGAAGACCCAUCAGUGGCAAAAGCCGCUCUACGAAGGUCAGCUGUCUCUGCGGGCGGAAGCAGCCGCGGUACUCCACGACAAGUUGAUUGUCUUUGGAGGCGCGCGGGUCUCGCCGAAGGCGCAAGCGCCGAGUGCGCCGCCAGCCGACGGCCAGAGUGAGGCGAGUUCUCAUCCACCGAAACCCGACGCUUUAGGCGACGAAGCUGCAAGCGCCCUCGCAUCUGUGCUAGGUGUAGGCAGUUCCUGUCGCGUGAGCAAGAAGCUGUUCUUCCUCAACGUCCUCGAAAUCAAAGAGGGCUCUGCAGACGGCGAAUUCAAAUUCAAGCUCGUCACUGUCGGCGACUCGGGCGUCGGCAAGUCCUGUCUCCUCAUGCGGUUCGUGCAGGACCAGUACUCGGCCUUCCACGUCUCGACAAUAGGCGUCGAUUUCAAAUCGGUUCUGACAAUGGUCAAGGGCAAAGUGUGCACUUUGCAGCUGUGGGAUACCGCAGGCCAAGAACGCUUUAGCGGCGUGACAGGCAACUACUAUCGCAACGCCGACUGUUUCAUUCUUGUCUUCGACAUGACGCGAAGAAGUUCCUUCCUCCACAUCGACAACUGGAUCAAACAAAUCAAAGAACAUCACGAGUGUGGCCCAUCGACGAUGAUGCUAUUGAUCGGCAACAAGGCGGACCUGACUGCCUCCUUGCAAGUCACCGAGCGAGAAGCGCAGCAAUGUGCAGACCAAAUUGGUGCCAUCUACAUCUCCACUUCAGCAAAGACUUCGGCAAAUGUCGACGCCGCAUUUCUCGCGGCUGCGGCCAAGUUGGUGGAGAUGCGUCGCCGAGCAGCGGCAGCCCAUCACGCCAGCGCGUCUGCGUCUGCCUCUGCUCCCGCCGCCGGCGGGCCGUCUCCCGGUCCUGUUCCGGGCAUCUCUCUCCUUUCAAAUGCGCUCUCUGCCCAGCCUGGACCAAGAAGGGGUUUGUGUGCAGGCUGCAUGGGGUCGAGCGUUGUCGGCUCGCAGGCGCCGCCGGCGCUGAGGGAAGGAGACGAAGGGCGCCAAGGGACGUCUGUCUCCUCGGCAGGGAGAAACGUUGCGCAGGAAACGGCUUCUUCGGCGAACGGCGCUGGGCACCCGGCGCCACAGGCGUCUUUGCCUGUCCAGGACCGACUUCGCUAG